AUGUCACUGGUCAUCUGCUCGCCAGCCAGCUCGGCAAUUGCCCAAGAGUUCAACGACUACGACGCCUUUCUGUCAGUGUUCUUCAUUACCGUGCCCAACCUCGGGGAAAUCAUCGCGCCUCUCUAUAUUGGCCCGCUGUCUGAGCGUCUGGGCCGCAUGCCCGUCUGUCAUUUCUUUAACCUUUCGUUCCUGGUCUUCACCAUGAUUGCGGGCUUCAGUAACAGCUUCGGCAUGGUGAUUGUGUUCAGGUUCCUCGCGGGGGCAUCGGUUUCGUCGAUCUGCCUGAACCCAGCAAUUACCGGUGAUUUGUUCACCAUCGAAGAGCGGGGAUCUGCGAUGUCGCUGACGAGUCUAAUCCCCAUCCUCGGCACGGCCGUGGGCCCGAUUCGCCAGUCUCGCGGUUCUCAUGGCCCUCGUCUGAAGGAAUCCUAUGUGCCGGUCAUCCGCCGAAAGGCCCUCAAGCAGACAAGCUCGGGCCAGGAAGCAGUCAGACCAUCGCAGAAAUACUUCCAAGGGUGGAGCAUGGCCACCGUCAAGGCCGUGGCUCUGCUCGCGAUCCGCCCCUUUGUCAUCCUGAGCCAAUCUCGCAUCGCGGUGCUGAUGGGGUUGUACCUGGCGCUCCUCUUUGCCUACAUUUCCCUUCUGGCAGCGACGUUGGCCACCGUCUUCCAAGAGGCCUACGGCUUCUCAGAGAGCCAGUCGGGCCUGAUCUACAUUGCCAUGACGAUUGGGACUCUAAGUGGUGCACUCAUGUGCCGCUUCACGCUCGACUACUUCCUGUUCCGCGGACUGUCCUUCAAACAGCCAGACCAUGGCGUUGCCCCGCGUCCUGAAAACCGGCUGAUCCCCAUCCUUCCAGCGAUGGUGGCCUUUCCUGUUGGCCUUUUCUUGUACGGCUGGUCGCUGGAGGAGCGGUUACAUUGGAUCGUGCCGGCUCUCGCCACCUUGCUGUGUGGGUUCUCCCUCUCCAGCAGCACCACCCCAAUCAUGAACUAUCUUGUCGAUAUCUUCGGCGACCGCUCGGCGUCGGCGGUGGCCGCUGUGCUUCCUCUGCGCUAUGUAGGCGGCGCCUUCAUGCCGGUGGCGGCGCCGUACAUGUAUGAUCGGCUGGGGUACGGCUGGGGGAACUCGCUGCUGGGGUUUGUGUUGCUGGUGGCGUUGCCCGCGCCGUUCCUGCUGGUUGUUCAGCCGCGGCGGCUGCGGGCGCUGACGGCUAUUGUGAGGGGCUGA